UACACAGGAAGUCAGGGACAUUUUUCCCCUUAUAGAAGCGUUUUGGCCGGUUUAUUUGCGUUAGGUUUUAACAAUUAGUGUUACAAAUAUAUUAUCUAGUUUCUGUUUAAUGUGUAUUAGAUAAAAUACAGCCCUCAAUAUGUUGAUUAAGGUUAAGACACUCACAGGCAAAGAAAUAGAAAUUGACAUCGAGCCUACAGACAAGGUGGAGAGAAUCAAAGAGAGGGUGGAAGAAAAGGAGGGGAUCCCUCCACAACAGCAAAGACUCAUUUAUAGCGGAAAACAAAUGAAUGAUGAGAAGACUGCUGCUGACUACAAGAUCCAGGGAGGAUCUGUCCUGCAUUUAGUUCUUGCUCUCCGAGGAGGGCAAAACCUGCAUUAGCCCUGCAGUCACCCAGUGUCUUUCCUCUAAUCUAUUCUGUGAAGACUGUAAAUAGUAGAAAUCUGUGUUAUCAUGUACGUCAAAACAGCAGAUUUGCCAGGAGGCUCUGGUGGUUAAAGCCAAAAGUGGACAUUUGGCUUUGCAUAAAUCAUGUUAGUGUGAUCACAGCUGCUUGGGAUUGAGUUAACACAUGCAGAUGCAUUCUGUUUACAACAGUUUACAACUUAAAUGUUUGUUCAUGUUGAAGUUUGUUUCUGCACUUUUCAUUCGGCAGUAUAUGACGGUAUAAAAUGUGCACUUAAAAACACAUUUGCUUAAGUUUUAAGGUGUAACUGCUCCCUUAUAAGGGCUCAUAAAGACAAUUAGUUUGCUUUUUAAAAAAUAAAUAAAUUCAACUCGUUCUCCUCAUCCAGAUCUUGACAGUUAUUUUAGUGUUGUACAUUUUAUUAAUGUUUAAAAAAAUAUAUUUUUUUCAUUUAGUUACUUUGUCAUUUGUGUUUUUGUUUUUUAAAUGCCUAUACAGUUAUUAAUUUUCAUAUUCAAGUUCAACAAAAGAAAUUAAGAAGUGUUGCUAUGGCAACCGGUUCAAAUGAAUAAGUUUAUUAUUUUUUUUAAAUAUUUUAUUUCAGUUAAAGUUAUUUAUUUCAAGGAACAAAAGUAUUUUUAGUAUAAUAAUUAUGACCCUGGCUCUUGGAACACAAUAAACGAUAUUGUAUCCUAAAAGAGAUGCUGACUAAACCAUCUUCCUAAAACUCAUUUCUUGAACGCAGUGCAUUAUACCGUAUAUAUGAUUUAUUGUAAUUUGUUUGAAUGAAAGAAGAAUAAACAAUGGAUAUCUCUGGUUUCACACACACAA